AUGUUGUUCAAACGAGCACGUGAUCUCGUCUCGGACGUAUAUCAUGGUUUAAUACAUGGCUCUGUACGUGAUAUUGCUAAAUGUAGUAAAAUAGUCAAAGCAAUUGAUAACAAUAAUAUUGAUGAAUUAAAAAUAUUACUUCCACAAUUAAAUCAUAAAGAUGUUGAAGACUAUCUUCGACAACCAGUGGAUUCCAUGAAACGAACACCAUUACAUUUUGCUGCUUGGGCAGAAAAUACUGAAAUAUUAGAAAUGUUACUUACUUAUGUUAAUGAACCUGAUGUUGAAGAUAAAACUGGAGCAACACCAAUGAUGUUCGUUGUUGGUAGUGGUAAUGAUUGUUUAAAAAAAAUGACUAUGUUAAUUAGUAAACAUGCAGAUGUGAAUAGAAAAGAUAAAUCUGGUUGGACAUUAGUUCAUGCUGCUGUUAAAUCAAGAAGACGAGAUCUUUUAGAAUUAUUAGUAAAUAAAGGUGCUAAUAUACAUAUAGUUGAUGGUGAUAAUCGUUCAUUAUUACAUAUAGCAUGUGAUAAUGGUGAUAUAUCAAUUGUAAAAUAUCUCUUAGGUAAAAAUGCUAGUUUAAAAGUACAAGAUAAAAAUGGUUGGACACCAUUACAUGUCGCAUGUGGUCCAGCUGAUGAUUAUGAACUUGUUCAUUAUUUAAUACAACAUGGUGCUGAUCCAUAUGUUUAUGAUAUGAAUCAUUCAACUCCACUUGAUUUAGCAACACAAUUUAAAGCAAAACAAGUUGAACGUUAUUUAAAAGUUCUUAUUCAAAUGGAUCCUGAUACAGAUAUCGAUGAUCUAUGUUCCGAAUCUGGUAUGACGAAUGAUACAUAUGAAAGUGAUAAUGUCUUCGAAUCGGAACCGAAUUCCAAACGAGUAUCACAAAAAUCUAAUAUAUCUUUUCGAAUGGUUGAAUUAAAUCCAAUGAAACAACAAGUUGUUAAACUUUAA